AUGCGUGGACUCGGAUCUGAAGGCGGGAUCAGAACUUGGGGGCUGGGCAGAGCCCAGGAGUGGGCGGAGUCUGAGAUCGGCGGGGGCGGGGCUUGGGCUAACGGUCCAAAGCUGUCCUCCCGCGGCGACCAUCGAGCGCUGGGGCUGUGGGCAGAACUCGCUGUGGAGAAGAAGCCGAAUUCCGGCCGAGCGGGGGAGGCGUCUGGGCGGGGCCUGCGUGCGGCUGGCUGCUGUCCAAGAGCGAGAGCGUCUAGGGCAGGCCUCUGGGCCGCGCCGUCUGCGGUGGGAACGGUCUCCCUUCCAGGCUGCCCGCGGGCUCCUCGGGUGGCGGUCACCCCGGUGCCCUCGAGAGGUGGAAGCCGGCGGGUUGCGGUUCGGGGGACGCGCCGGGGUGCGAGCCUGGGUGAGAGCCCGGAUAAAAGAAUGGCCAACUCCAUUGCAUCAAAGAACUUUACUGCACUUUCAAAUCUGCAUCCAAAUAUGGCUAAUCUGAAAAUAAUCGGCAUAGUUAUUGGAAAAACAGAUGUCAAAGGCUUUCCAGACAGAAAAAGCUGA